CCCAUUUUCAACCUGGAGAAAUGCUUUCCCUCUCCGCACAACAGUCGGCCGCGAACUUUCGAUGAAGCAAACUCUGCUUGGAGUUUAUCAGACAAUAGAGCACCACGACCAAACACCAUGUAGCGUCUUCUCAUCUCAUCUCACAUGCGAUGCCUUCUUCAAUCGACAACAGUUUCCACCAGGCCCUGGCCAAUUUCUCAAAGCGACUAACGAAGCAAGAGCUGGAGGACUUCCGGUUCUCAUCGCUCAGUGAUGUUUUGGUGGCAGUUGAAGGGAUCCAAGCUGAACAAGGGCGACGCAAAGAGCUGAUGAAUCUCACGCGGAUCAGACGAUUCCUUGAAGCCAUGGACCAGUACGGGAAGGUCAUUGAGGUCUUUCUCAACGAUUCAUCGAUGCUCUGCGUUGUCUGGGGACCUAUGAAAUUUUGCCUCCAAGUUGCAAGUGCCUGGGCUGAUGCUUUCGAUACUCUUCUUGAUGCAUAUCAACAGCUUGCCGAGAAUAUCCCUUUGUUAGAACAGUAUCAUUCCUUAUUCAAAUCCAAUCCCCGAAUGGCAGGCGUUCUAGUUGUAAUAUACGAGGACAUUCUAGAAUUCCAUCAAGCAGCUCUGAGAGUAUUCAAGCGGCCGACAUGGAAGCAACUAUUCAGAUCUGCAUGGAAGGAUUUCAAAACUCGGUUUCAACACAUCCUGGACGAUCUUGCAGCCCACCAGACUCUGAUUGAAAGACAAGCCAGUAUCAUUCAGAUCGAAGAAGCUCGAGCAGAGCGAGCGCAUGUGCGUAAUCAAUUUACAGUUAUUGAAGAGACUGCACAAAAGAAGAAACGCCUCGAUGUCGUCAACUGGCUCGCUGCAGUGGAUUCAGUCCUUGAUCAGGAAGCCUCAGCAGCUAUUCGGCAUGAUUAUCCGUCAACUGGCAAAUGGGUCCUUCACGAUGUGAAGAUCAAAAGCUGGAUGGAUCCAAACAAUGCCAUGGUCCCUAUUAUGUGGAUGAACGGUAUACCUGGAGCUGGUGGGCAAUUCAGACCUUUCGCUGCCGAGAGUCGACUGCUGACUAUCGCCAGGAAAACGAUUCUAGCCUCACUCAUUGUUGAAGAGUGUGUGAAAAUAGAUUCUAUCACGAUUAUCUACUUCUAUUGCAACUAUCAGGAUGCUCAAAGAAAGAGCUUUCUGACUCUGGCAAGAGCGAUGCUUGCUCAACUCCUGAACCACGAUGAAGCUCUCCUCUCGUACCUUUACGAGAAUUGCGUGGGCAGUGGUCAAGUUUCACUAGUCUCCACACAAUUAUGUGCAGAAAUCCUCGAAACAUGUCUGAAGACGAUGUCCAAGGUCUACAUAGUUGUAGAUGGGAUUGAUGAGUGCGAUUUUUCCGAGCGAAAAACUAUGCUGUCCUUCUUUACCUCUCUUAUCGAAAAGAUCGAGAGGGACGAUAUGCCGGGCAAGAUACGUGCAUUGUUCGUAAGUCAAGAUGAGAAUGAUAUCCGCAAGUUACUCAGAACGGCAUCCGUCUUGCAUCUGACAGACUCGCAUAAUAAGUCGGAUAUCGAAAGUUAUGCUACUCAAUGGGCUUCGAGCAUACAGGAAAAAUUCGGGCUACCUGACGGCACAACAAAGUACAUCGCAUCCGCAGUUUCUGAUGGAUCUGAUGGGAUGUUCCUGUUUGCAAAGCUUGUCUUAACGAACCUCCUCGCACAGACGACCAGAGAGGAACUAGAACAAGAGCUUCAGCCCGGAACAUUUCCAAAGGGAUUUGAACAAGCUUAUGGGAGGAUCGUAGCCCGAGUCUAUCAAAAUCCAAAUCUAGCAGAACGGAAUACUGCUCAAAGGUUGCUCGGUUGGAUCGCCUGCUCAAAACUUUCACUGAAGUGGCACGAAAUUCAAGGUGCUGUUUCCGUGAACGUGCAGGAUCAGUCAGUAGACUUUGAAAAUCGACAACUUUGUACUCAUGUCAGAGACAUCUGUGGAUCUUUGAUUGACGUUCUCCCUGGUGACCGAGUUCAACUCGUCCAUGGAACUGCUAAAUCCUAUUUGACACAUAAUGACUACGUCAAGAUCCAUAGCGAAGAAUACAAGCUGGCGCUCUUAUGCUUGCAAUAUCUCCUCUUCGACUGUUUCGGUCCCAGCCUCUCCGACGAAGUGAUUAUAGACUAUACCAUGAAGGGAUACUACGCCUUUCAAGAUUAUGCCAUUUUACAUUGGGUAGAUCAUCUUGAGGGAUCUAUUCCUUACCUACUUUCGAAUGCCGCCAAUGAAAAAUAUAACAUUGGACCGUCAGUCAACGACUUCCAAGAUGCGUAUGGUGCAGUCGACGCCCGUAUAGAGAGCGUUCCACAGGAGUUAAAAGACAAAUGCAAACAUAUCGCGGACUCCGAUUUCUACGAAAGUCUGUUGCUUCUCGUGAGCUACACGAGGAAGUCUAGAGCAAAACAGGACAAAAUUGAUGCACUUGGAGACCUGGGACAAGUCAUCACUAAAAAUAGGUCUAUCCUAGAAGGGUUACGAACAUCAAAGAGUCUUGACCUCGCCACAAAAAGCAAGCUAGAGCAGUACUAUGGUACUCUUUGGCAUAAAUGUCCACGGCAUGCUUGUAUCUACUUCCACGAAGGCUUCCUUGACGAAACUCGUCGAGACAACCACGCUAGUCGACAUGAAAAGCCUUUUUUCUGUACUGAGAGCAGCUGCUCUAGAAGUCACUAUGGCUUCAGCACGGAGAAAGAGCUCAAAAAACAUAUCAACGUCCAGCAUCCUGAUCCAUCAGCGCUAUUUCCUAAGAUCAAGAAGCCGCCCGUGAAGCACUUGUGCAACAUUUGCUCGAAAGAGUUCACAAGAGCUCAUAACCUGAAUGCUCAUAAAAGAACCCAUUCAAAUCUGAGGCCAUAUGACUGCAAGAUCUGUGGAAAGGCUUUUGUGCGAAGGCAUGAUAGGGAGAGACAUGUGGAGAAGUUGCAUCCAGGAAAUGGUUCUGAGAUCGGAGAGAGCUUACAAGAGACACCCGUCCCGUCAGAUAUGGACAUUCAGGAAGGGGAUCGAGGUCUUGAAAACCCCCCCCGUCCAGGAGGGAACAGUUUCCGGUGGUGACAUGGUGAGUUGAACCGAAUGUUCAAGCUGAUGAUUGUACUCGACCUGGCUGGAACAAUCGAACAAUUCACAAAUCAUAGACUCCACUUCGAUUGUUUCAGCCAGACCGAGUACAAUCAUUAGCAUGAAGCUUGUUUGCGAAUUUCGACUGGUUGAGCCUCAGGAGAGCAAGGUCAGAAGUUCUACACAAACAUAUCUCGUUGCGAAUAGCAUACAUGACCCUACGACUAAAUAUGAAGCCCAU